AUGGCUGAAAUUAUCACGUGCGCCGCCACGGGCGUGAUGGGCUCCGUCAUCGGCAAGCUGACUGCCUUGCUUGGCGAGAAGUACCAGCUCGCCAGAGACGUCAAGCUCGGCAUCCGCACCCUGCAAGACGAGCUGAGCACCAUGGAUGCCUUCCUGCGGACUCUCGCGGACAAGGACGACGACCACAUCAAUCCACUCACCAAAGACUGUAGGAGCAAGGCGCGUGAGCUGUCCUACGACAUUGAGGAUUGCAUCGACCGUUUCAUGCUCAAUCACGGCCAUGGAGAUGGAGAUUCCACGGCCCACUUUGUGCACAAGGCCAUUCAGAUGGUGAAGAGAUUGUUCAAGGACAGAGGAAUAGCAGAGGAGAUCCGAGAAUUCAAGAGGCUCGUGGUCGAGCAAAGCGAGCGGGGGAGACGUUACUACGACAUCAAUCAGUGUAUCCCUGUCUCACCUCGGGCAGUGUUGCUGGAUCCUCGAGCACCUGCACUAUUUCAGGAGGCGAGGGAUCUUGUGGGAAUUGAUGCUCCUCGUGAGGAGGUCAUCCAAUUAUUGAAAUGUGAAGAAAAGCAGGACAAAGUGGUGUCCAUAUAUGGGAUUGGUGGACAGGGGAAAACCACUCUUGCCAUGGAGGUGUACCACAAAACCAUUGAAGCAUUUGAUUGCCGGGCUUUUGUGACUGUAUCACAAACUCCGGAUAUGAAGACGCUUCUUAGGGACAUAUUGUCCCAAAUAAGUAAGACUGAUUUUGACCAGUCGGACAGAUUGGAGACAGAUCCGCAGUUCAUACGUUCAGUGAGACAAUGCUUAAAGGACAAGAGGUAA